AUGAGCCGCAAUAAAGUCUUUCCAGUGGAAGGAGAGGAGAAAAACACGGGAGAGAAUGAACAUCUAGAAACACAAGUGGUGCAGGGAAAUGGAUCAGUGUCAAACGGUUUGCCUCCACAGCAGUCGCUGGAGGUUGAGUCUAGCCAACUUUCUGCGUCUACUUCAACCGUUUGUAAUCAAGGCCAAGAUUCCUCCUAUGAUGUUCUCCAAAAUGAAAAUGACAGUCGGGUUCAAAACCGGACUAGGAAGUUCAGUGCUGCAUCGAGGAGACGGGACAGUAAUAUGGUAAACCAUGAGAAAAUAAUAAAAGAGAUGAAAGCAAACUCAAGCGAAACGUUGGUCAAAAAAAGACAAGACGACGAAUGUGCCGAAUGCAUUCUGGAAUACAUCAACGAGGCAAAUGAUGAAAACAGAGGCGAACAAGGAGAAAUAGCGCAAUGUGACAACGGAGAGGACCAAAGCGAGAACCAAGCAAACGAAACUGACGGACUCAAGAAAUCAGAAGAUUCCAACCAGGCCUUGCUGCAGUAUUUUGGAAAGCUUUCGAAUUCUCACAAUUGCGACGACUGCCUGAACUUGGAGCACAUUAAGUCGUUGUUAAGUGAAGGCGCUUCAGUGAACACCAGUGAUCGGUUCGGUCAAACUUUACUGCAUGAAGUUUCCAGAACUUGGGGAAUAGAUGUGGCACAGUUCUUUGUUGAACAAGGUUGUUAUGAAUAGUUUGUUAACUCAUUAAGAGUUCACCUUUUGAAUUCUGCAAAUGUCAAUUGUCGAGUAUCCUUCUUGUACUUUGAUAUUCACUAGUUCAUGUUUGUUCACGUAAUGCCCUUGCAACUUUUAGUUUGCAAUAGUUUUCAUUAAACGUUUCUUUAAAUGCCCCUCGGUGAGAUACCGUAUGGAUCUAGAAGGGAAAGCUUAUAGAAAUGAAUAAACAACAAACCUUGGUGGGUACUUAUCAGUAAUAGACUAAACAAUUGGUGUUAACUGCCUUAAGAUUAACUCUGCCAAAGGUGAAGCUUUAAUUGAUUGUAAAUGUACAGAAAUGGCGUGAUCGGCAACCAGGAACGUUCCAUUAUUGUGAUUAAUUCAACGUUUUUUGGUGCCAUUCUUUGUUUAGGUGCAGACAUCAACAAAGCUGAUGAUUAUGGUCGAACACCGUUACACGUGGCUGCCUCAUCUGAUUACCCACAGAUGGUCAGGUUUCUUAUUGAAAAUGGCGCAGACUUUCAAGCGACCACUAAAGGAGAGUUACAAACCCCACUUCACUUUGCUGCAAGGAACGAAGCAUCACAGUGCAUUAAGAUUCUUCUCGCUUAUGGCGCAACUUUGGAAGUCCGAGACUACAAACAGCGCACGCCACUACAGGUAACACAUGCACUGACUAGAGGAGACAUAUUAAAUUCUGCAAACAGAAUACUGCAAUGCUGAUCGUACUACGUGAAAAUUAACUCUGCAAGACAUCAACACGACACCGAAAGAACUCAAAACAGAGCGGGAUUGUACCUAUAGACGCGAUUCUGUGAGUGUUAGGAGUUCUGGGUCAGGGCUAAAAUCAGAGUGCGCGGAUAAUUUUUUAUCAGAGCCUGAUCUCUGGUUGUUACGCCCUACUGACGAGCCCCAAAGAGGGCGAAACAGCUGUCUAUGGCUACAAUCCCGCUCUGUUUUGAGUUCUUUCGGUGUCGUGUUGAUGUCUCGUAGAGUUUCAGUUAAUUUUCACUUAGUACGAUCAGCAUUGCGGUAUUCUGUUUGCAGAAUUUAAUAUGUCUACAUUAUUAUUUUCGCUGGUCUUUAAAGAUCCUACGUUCUUCGGCAUAUUCGUUUGCGGUCCUUUUCAGUCCCUUGUGGUUUUAAUAAAAUGUUUGUACUGACUAGAGGGUCUGAAUAGGGUACCUCGAUAACACUAAACACUUCAUUUUUUGAGGCAGAAUGUGAGCAAUGAAGACAUAGACCAACACAAAGAACACCAACAAUUGCUAAGGAAUCUGUUUAAGCAGGGUAUACGUUAUUUAUAAUGUAGAGUAUAAACUCUACUUUUACUAUUCAGGCAGAAUUUGAUCAAUGAAGACAUAGACCAACAAAAAGCGUUGAAAGCUCUUCGUUAAAAAAGACUACAGAUCGUGGUAAUAAGAAUAACUGUGUGUUAGUAUUCCUCAAAAAGAUGUUCGUCGAUGGAAAAUGGUCUAGAAAAAGGCACUUGAAAAUGUUAUUUAAGUUCUCGAAAAACCUUCAGGUACAACGAGCCUUUUAUGUUCUGGACUUUUAGUAAUUAUAUAGUUGAAUCCGCUAGCGGGCAUGAUGAAAAAAACCCUGAGUUAUGAUUGAAGAUGGCAAAGGCCUGCUUGACACGGAGUGUGACGCUGUUGGCCUUCGUCAAUUGACACCUCAACAUUGUGUGGGUUAAUGUUCCAGCUACAUGAUGUUGUGAACUGUUAGGCGUUACCAGGCAGCGCUUGUCUUUUCUCCGGCAAAGUUUCGUAACAACAACCUCAUUCAAAAAAAAAUUGGCCAAUUUAACAGCAAACACUAAAACUUUUGGGCAAAUAACACUAAACACCAAACCCCAUUCAGACCCUCUGACUGUGAUUUUUCGAACAUCAACAGUUGCUAAGGAAUCUGUUUAAGCAGGGUAUACGUUAAUUAUAAUGUAGGGUAUAAACUCUACGUUUAUUAUUCAGGCAGAAUUUGAGCAAUGAAGACAUAAACCAACACAAAGGGUUGAAAGAUCUUCAUUAAGAAAGACUAUAUAUCGUGGUAAUAAGAAUAACUGUGUGUUAGUAUUCCUCAAAAAGAUGUUCGUCGAUGGAAAAUGGUCCAGAAAAAGGCACUUGAAAAUGUUAUUUAAGUUCUCGAAAAACCUGCAGGUACAACAAGCCUUUUCAUAACUUUUAGUUAUUAUAUACAGUGAAACCUGUAUUAAGCGGACACCGUAUUAAGCGGACACCCUCUAUUAAGCGGAUAGUAGCCGAAGUCCCCAAAUUUAUUUCCCUUAUUUUCUGUAAAUCAGAACCUUUAUUAAGUGGACACCUGUAUUAAGCGGACGCGGACACCUAAAAAGUAUCUGAAAUUGUCAUUUCUAUUGUCGCCAACCUGCAUUAAAGGGACACUUGUAAUUAAAUUCCACCACCCAACAUGCCAGACACCGGAAAUAUGAAAGACUGCCUCGAAUUGCCACCCACGAAUUUUUCGAUUUUUAAAUUAAAAAACGUGACUUGACGAACUUAUUUGAUCAUUUUCUCAGUACAGUAUUGUUUUCUAUUUCGUUUUGUUUGUAUAGAGCUUGUUUCACUCAUCUGAUUUCGUCAAUUUUGAGUUGCAAUCUAUGUUUAUGGUACUAUGAUCAAAUUGGUCCACUUUGAUAAAGAAAUUAGUGCAAACGUCAUAGUCUCUGGGACUAUUCUAAACGUUUCCACUGAUCAUUUCAAUGGCAUUUGACACCUCGUAUGACUUUAUCUAUCGAAACCUGUAUUAGGCGGACACCCUGUAUUAAGCGAACACUACAGCAUUCCCAAAGGGUGUCCGCUUAAUACAGGUUUCACUGUAGUUGAAUCCACUAGCGGGCAUGGUGAAAAGAACCCUGGGUUCUGAUUAGCUAUCUGGCCGGGCGAGAUGGUCCCAUCUUGCCCGCUCGGGAUUCCCCGCGUCGGUCCCGCAAGACAAAGUAAUGUCUCUGACCAUAUACUAAAUCCUUCAUUGACCAAGCUUGUUCGGUCAAGAGUGUCAUUGGUAGAUAAUUGAGAAGCAACAAAUUUUAAAAAACUCAGAGCAAGAAAAAUUAAACAAAUUCGAAACUUUCGUGUAGGGUUCGGUUACGCAACUUAGUAGUCACGUAUUGUUACGUAUUCCCUCUUCAUGAGCGGAUUAUACUGAAAUGGGCGGGAGGGACGACGCCAAUAAAUUCCAAAACUCAGAGAAAGAACACCUCAAACAAAUUCCAAUGUUUUGUUCAAAUCGCUCGAACUUCAUGACUAAUGUUAACUGAUUGAGAUUACCCGAGGUUACUUACGGUUACGUAACUUAGUCCUCACCGGUCAUUUUGCCGCAGUUACUUAUUCCCCUAAUUCGAGUCAUUUAGCACGCUUCAAAUGUAAUGUUCCUUGUUCUUAAAGCCAUAAACCAAAACAAAUAAGCUUCAAAUAUAAUAUUCCUCGUUCUAAAAUAGGGGGCUAAGUAACCUGGGCGAAAUUACCGUAAAGCAUUUCUUACUCCAAGAGAGCAUUGUAAAUGGGCGGAAGGUACAGUUCCUCGUUCCUAUUCAGGGAGGGUUUUUAUAAGAUGGCGAAUGCCUGCUUGACGGACGCGAAGUGUGAUGCUGUUGGCCUUUGUCAGUUGACACGUACCUCAACAUUGUGUGGGUUAAUGUUCCAGCUACAUGAUGAUGUGAACUGUUAGGCGUUACCCGGCAGUGCUUCUCUUUUCUCCGGCAAAGUUACGCAACAACAACCUCAUUCAAAGUUACGUAACCAAAUCUCAUUCAUUUUGCAUUGCUAAUAAAGUUCGAGCGACUCGAACAUAAUAUUCCUAUUUGUUAAACUUUUCUUUGCUCUGAGUUUUGAAGGUUGUUUCUCUUAUGUCUUCGCCAGAGCAGAAGAACCAUCUCUUUGACGUUCUUUAGCUGGAAAGGCCACCACUAGAAAUGUUAACAAUGGUUAACGUUCGAGUCUCUCGUGGAGUUUUCUGAGUGGGGCAUCAUUUAUUCACUUUGCAGUAACAUAACCCUUUGGUUCACUGACCAAUUUAACGUCUUUCGUGUCGUUUACUUCGUAGCUCGCGGCAGAGACCAACAGUGCCGAAUGUGCCAGAAUUUUGUUGGAAGCGGGUGCCUCUGCCGGGACAAGGGACGACAGCGGCAUGGCAGCUUUAACGCUGAUGGUGACAAAAAUGCCAAGUGUGGUGAGUGUUAAAGCCCAUUCUUUACCAGUGUGUGUUUUUAGGUUGAUUUCGUUUCAACGCCCAUCCAUAAUUCGUCAACGAGCUCUUGGAAUUUGGAAUUUUUGGCCAGAAAACAGUGCUAGUUUUUUGGCUUGUUUUUGUUUGCUACAACAUUUUGUUGCAGUAAAUGGUUCGAAUCGGAGAGUCAUGUCAUAGGAAGGUGUUGAAGAUCCAGAAUCUAACUCCGUUGACAAAGACUGGCAUUCAGCACCUCUAGAAUCUGAAAUCCACGUCGUGGAAUUCAGACUCCAAGACUGUCUUGGAGUCCCUUACAUAGGGCGAUAGGUGAAAUAUGCCUUGUCUACGUGAGUGUAGUCGUUCAGUAAACCUGUGCGUUUACUGCCAACAGCAGUCCCCUUCAGGAUUAGGUAGUCGGGACUACGGCAAGCCCAGACCAUCAUUUCCCACUUUUUUGAGAGAUGUAAAAUUGAACAGAAUGUUCCUUUCUUUACAUUGUAGGCACUCAGGGCAUUGGACCAAUUUCAUAUCAAGGACAGAUCUCAUCGAAAGCAGCGAUACUAUCUCAACUUUCUGGAGAACUGUGAUCCCCCGAACUCUGAAAAACACUCGGUAACCACGUCUCCCUUACUAGCGACUGUGGAAAUGAACUGCUUUGAGCUGAUCAUGCAUCCGAUAUUUCAGCGACUGAUCGAGGUCAAAUGGGGAUUUUUUGGCUCAAGAGCAUGGUUGGGGAUCUUUCUGAAUGUUUUGCUUACUGUCGCUUACACUAUUCUUGGGCUUCUUCAUCCCAAUGAUGCCUCUGAUUACUACUAUCCCAUCAGCACUAAUAGCUGGCGAAUACCACUGGAAGCAAUCGUUGUUGUCUUAACAUUCAACGAAAUCAGAAAGGAGGUGAAAGAAUUUUACCAGUCUAGAAGGGAAAACAAAACGUUUAUCGGCUGGAGGAAGAAAGAGAUCAAGCGUGACUUGCAAUUCUGUCAUCCACGAUGGUCUCAAGAAAAAAAGUUCAUCAAGCAGCAUGUAAAACAGAUUAAAGAACGUGAAAGGUUUUAUUUCCAAGACAGGUGGAAUUAUUUUGACUGGGUGACGUAUGUGAUGCUGAUAAUCGUCAUCAUAUUGCAUGUUAUUAACGUCACCGUCCAAAGCAAUAACUACAACGAUAUUUUCAUUCGAAUCCUCGCCUGCAGCAUAAUUCUAGUCUGGGUCCGACUGCUUAAGUUCGCCAGACCCUUCCCGAGUCUAGGCCCAUUUGUAGUAAUGCUGGAUAGCAUUCUUGGAGACACUAUUAGAUGGGGUUUUGUCUUUAUGAUGUUUUACAUCCCUUAUGCUGUUGCUUUUUGGAUGAUAUUCGGCGGUCGUACUAAAACUCCUGUUAAAGGCUAUGACAAUGUGUUCCACAUGCUUUAUACAAUGAUUCGCUUUCCACUUGUGGACAACUACGGCUUCGAACGAUUGGAAGACGUCGCUCCAUACAUGUCACGUGUGCUAUGCGGAAGUUUUCUUCUCAUUGCAGCCAUUGUUCUGAUGAACUUGUACAUUGCACUUCUGUCAAAUACUUUUCAACGUGUUUUCGACAACGCCCGUGCCACGGCAGCAAUGCAGCGUGCCCGUCUCCUACAAGAUCUUGAAUCAAAUGCAUCUGACAAGACCGUUAGACGCUAUAGAGAAUUCAUCCGGGACAGAUGCAGCCCAGAGGGAAACGACUUGCUCGUUGUCAUAUCCGAUGAAGAAGAUCAGAAGAGACAACAAAAGGAAAAGAUUGCCUUGGUCCACACGAUUGUCAGCCAUCGACUUGGAGGCAAGAAAUUUGGAAAAGUCCAAAAAAGCGAGUUCGAUACUGUAAUAGAAGACAUCGGCCUUUUAAAGCGUACACAGAGCGAAAUGGAAAAGUCAGUUGAACGGCUGCAUCUUCGUCUUGAGGAGAUUGGAAGCCUAAAUGCCGUUAUCUACCAAGAAAUCGCUAAGCUGUUGCAGGGCGGGAAAGAACAAAGAUCAGCUAUAAGCGUUGUCAGUGAACAAGUGACGGACUUGAAGAAUAACAUCACAGAAAAGUUUGGAAGUCUGGAGAGUGGCAUUGAUUCGAAGAUCAAAACUCUCGAAACGGAGGAAAAGUUGAGAAAUGACGUUUUGGAAAGCAACAUGAACUCGAGGUUUGAUCAACUUGAAAUGGAAUUCAAAACCUUCAGCUCAUAUUGUAAUGAAUAUCAUCAAGCAUGUGAGGAGAUGACCUUGAGAAUUGACGAGCUGGAAGCUUAUGUAGUCAGUGUCGAAGAAGAUAAAAUCAAGGAAAAGCAAGAAAGAAAGCCUAGUCCUAAACCAAGGAGUAAAUCUGCCAAGGGUGGCUUUCAAAUUGUUGAGGCAAACAGAGAUGUGUUGAAAGCAGCUGCCAUGUCCACAAGUACUGAUGCCACAUCAUUGUCCUUAAGUAAAUCUCCUGAACCUGUUGCUGAUGCAGGAUCGGUGCAUGAAUUCGGUGAAAGUGAGGACGAAUGCAUAAAGAAGCAGCGUAAAAGAAAUAUCACUUUGUCAGGCCAGGCGGCAAGAAAUGAGUACAUCGCCAGACUGAAAGAGAGUUUAGUGACAAACGCGGAACAAAGUGAUACAGAAAAAGAUAAACGCGAAUGAGAUUUGGAAACAACUGGAGUUAAAUGAAAACCUCCAUCAAGUGAUAUAAUUCGUAUUGAAGAAGCGGAAGUUUUCUUUCAAUUUGAGAAAACCCGUCCACUUUCUCGGCU